CAUCGGCGCGCUACGAGCAGCUCGCAGCUCGCAGCUCGCAGUGCAAAGCCAACCGCCAACAACGCAACACUUGGGACACUACUACUGUCAUUUGCAGCCCCCGCCUCGCCUCGCCUCGCCUCGGCUCCCCAGUGAAAUCCUGAAAUCCUGCCACCGCUCUGACGCUGAAACUGCGAGGGCACGACAGCACAACGCACCUGUGUUUCCUGUAUCCUUGUUCCUGCCGCGCUACCACGCCCACACCCACACCAAACCAUACAACGAGCAGAACAUCGUCGGGAAACAGAGAAGGGUCUGGCGGGUGUUGAUCGACUCGACUUGGGCGGCCUGCACGGCGCGGCACGGCUCGAUUGAUUAGGGGCUGCGCUAGGCACGAGGCGAGAGCGCAGUCGUCUGCGUGGUGCUUGUUGCUUGUAGGUGGUGAGGUGAACGCGCGCUGAGCAGAGCAGCUGGAGUGUGGAGUGGUGCCUCAGCCGCCGAGCUGGCUGCUGGAGUGACGGCUGCCUGUCCUGUGAAUCCUCUGACAUUCGACCAACAUACCCACACAUCGCCCUCUUGGAUUCCGCUUGCGCACACACCACAGCACCGGGAGUCAGCAUCGUUCGCCUGCAAGAAGCAUUCGCUUAUACAAGCAUUGUCACCGAGACCCGCAACCCCAGCACCGCACGACACAAUAUACAUAGACUGCCGCAGUCCUUCGCCCUUCACGCGAGACCGCCCUUUUACCCACCCCGUUUCACCUCCGCCGCCAGCUGCUGCAUAUCAACGUCACUGCGAGAGAAGACGAGGUCGGAGAAGGCAUCACCCAUCAGUGAUCCAUACCAGACCCAUACACUCCUGAGCGCACGCACGACUCAGCCAAACUGGCCCGCCGACCUUCCCCCCAUCUCUACAGUCCGCACGCCCGCACUCAGGCUGUCAAGAGGGCAUCGUGCUCCUCUUCGACAGCCGUCAGCCGAGCCCACCGUCGCCCACCGUGGCGGAAAACAACACUCCCUCGCUCCACCCCGCAGCCGAUCGCUCCAACAUGGCUUCUCCUGCACCUCUUCUACGCCCGCCCGUCCCCGGCGCGGGUCGCCAGCAGAGCGUUCCCAAGGUGCCACGACUCGGCCUCGCCAUACCUGCGUCACCCCACCAGCGCCCAGUGAACAGCGCUGCUGCACCACCCAUGUCAGAAAACUCCGCAAUCCCACCACUCUCCAUCCCGCAAAGGCAGCAGCCACCGAAGCUGAGUCUAGCCACUCCCAUGGGCACGUCACAUACACCCCACGAGAAUGCUCAGGGCAAGAGGAAACUGCCUCCACUGCAAAUGCCGGGCGCCUCCGCCAGCGGCGACAGCAGUGGAGAGUCUAUGCACAGUAGGUCCAACAGUUUUGGAGCAAAUACCACCCAGAAUGGAUCAGUCUCAACGACCUCCUCGAUAUCGGCGCUCAACUUCGCUGACAUGCUGAAAGAUCCCUCUUCGGCCUACAGCAGCAGUUCAGCCACGUCGGGAGUUGAGAUGACCCGCGAUCCCAGCCAGCAAGCACUGCUACCUGAUUUGGAGAAGUUGAGUCUGGAGAAGGGAAGACCACUCGAUGUGGAGGAUUUGGAUGAUUCGGGUUGGAAGGCAGCAAAGAAGGAGGGCAGAAUCGUGGAGCUGGGAAGUCUGGGUGAAGGUGCAGGCGGCGCCGUGACGCGCUGUAUCCUGAAAGAGGGGAAGACGGUGUUUGCAUUAAAGAUUAUCACCACCGACCCGAACCCAGACGUCAAGAAGCAGAUUGUGCGAGAAUUGUCCUUCAACAAGUCGUGCGCAUCUGCACACAUCUGCCAAUACUACGGCGCUUUCAUGGACGAUACUGCAGGCACCAUAGGCAUCAGCAUGGAAUUUUGCGAGGGCGGCUCCCUCGACAGCAUAUACCGCGAAGUCAAGAAGCUUGGAGGUCGGACUGGUGAAAAAGUGCUUGGCAAGGUGGCCGAGGGCGUGUUGAACGGGCUAACGUAUCUGCACGGCCACCGCAUUAUUCACCGCGACAUCAAGCCAUCCAACAUUCUUCUCACGCGACAAGGCGAGGUCAAGCUUUGUGACUUUGGGGUCAGUGGCGAGUUCGGCACCAAGGGUGAUGCAAACACGUUCAUUGGCACCAGCUACUACAUGGCACCCGAACGAAUCACUGGCCAAAGCUACACAAUCACUAGUGAUGUUUGGAGCUUAGGCGUGACACUCUUGGAGGUGGCUCAGCAUCGUUUCCCAUUCCCUGCCGAUGGCACAGAAAUGAAUCCACGAGCAGGAUUGAUCGAUCUGCUCACCUAUAUCGUGCGGCAACCCAUACCCAAGCUCAAGGAUGAGCCUGAGAAUGGCUUGAAGUGGAGUGCUAACUUCAAGUACUUUAUCGAAUGCUGCUUGGAAAAGGACUCCAACCGCCGAGCGACACCUUGGCACAUCCUCAAGCACCCUUGGAUGGUGGACAUGAUGCAGAAACGAGUCGACAUGCAUCAAUUUUUGAAGACCGUCUGGGAUUGGCAAGACUGAUUGCAGCCACAGUCUGUCGUAGAGAUGCCGACUUGGCAACAAAACUUCGAGAAAUCAAGAAUAUUGUGUCGCCAUACGGGGCGAUAAUGUAUGUGGUUGAAUACAUGGCACUUCUAACGCAUUGUACGGACAGGCAUUUUCGGAGGCGUAUUGACUAACAGGUGAAGCAUUUCUUGUAACAGCCAUGACGUGGCAAUGUCAUUGAUCUACUUUCCAAUUCCAACGAAUCUAUCAAAG